CACGGAGAUCCGUCUGCCUCUGCCUCCCAAGUGCUGGGAUUAAAGGUGUGCGCCACCACCGCCCGGCUGGCACAGCAGCUGUAUGAAGUAGGGUCUGUCAUUGUUCUCCUAUGUAGACAGAGGACAGGACCAGUUGACAGUCACAGGAUCGUGAAUGGGGCUAGACCUCCCAAUGCUGAAGAGCUCUUUUUUCCAUUUUUGUAGAAUGAACCUGUGCUAGCCUCUGAACCCUUGCCUGUGUUCAUACACCUGUGACUCCUUUCCUGCUGGGACCCUCCUACUGCAGCCAUGGCCUGGAGGACACUGGGCACCAGCAACUUUUCCAAUUGCCCGAAUGGCUCCAUCCAGUGGAUCUGGGAUGUGUUUGGUGAAUGUGCCCAGGAUGGCUGGGAUGAGGCCAGCGUGGGCCUGGGCUUGGUCUCUAUUCUCUGCUUUGCUGCAUCUACCUUCCCCCAAUACAUCAAGGCCUGCAAGACAGGCAACAUGGACCAGGCUCUAUCCCUCUGGUUCCUCCUGGGCUGGAUUGGUGGAGAUUCCUGCAACCUCAUUGGCUCCUUUCUUGCAGACCAGCUACCCCUGCAGACCUACACGGCUGUGUAUUACGUCUUGGCUGACCUGAUGAUGCUGGCACUGUACUUCUAUUACAAGUUCAAGAAGCGGCCUUCUCCAUUGUCUGCCCCGAUCAAUUCUGUGCUCUUGUUCAUCUUGGGGACGGUGUGUAUCACACCACUGUUGAGCAGCACUGAUCCCGUGGCUGUCCCCAGGGAAGGCUUCCGGGGGCGGAUGCUCCUGUCUGUGGAGCCAGGCAAUAAGCCCUUCACAAAGAAGGAAGUCAUCGGUUUCGUCAUCGGCUCCGUCUCCAGUGUGCUGUACCUGCUCUCAAGACUGCCUCAGAUCCGUACCAAUUUCCUACGGCAGUCAACCCAAGGCAUCUCCUACUCGCUGUUUGCAUUGGUGAUGCUGGGGAACACACUGUACGGGAUGAGCGUGCUGCUCAAAAACCCUGAGGCGGGCCAGAGCGAGGGCAGCUACCUCCUGCACCACCUGCCCUGGCUCGUGGGCAGUCUGGGGGUGCUGCUGCUCGACACCAUUAUCUCCAUCCAGUUCCUGGUGUACAGGAGCCCCGCCACUGCUGCCGCCUCAGAGCGAGAGCCCCUCCUUCCAAGCUGACCAGUGCCCUGGAUGACAGGAACCUCAGCAGCCACCUCAGGAAGGACGGGGUGUGGACAGUGCUACUGCUGCCCCUGGCCUGGGCCUAGGAGGCGGCCUGGAACUCUGGGCCUGGCUGCCUCUCCUCUGUGCCUGGCCUUCAGACGGGGUCUGGAGUCGGCUCGUGCUGUGCCGGGGACAUACCUCUCAGGUAUAAGACGGCUGCCUGAGGAGCCUGUAGGGGACCCAUAGCUGAGACCCCAGAAAAUGCCGUGACCACUUUCCACCUAUCUACCUCACUCUGCCUGUGUUCUCCAGGCUACAUCAUAGCCAGGGGACCCAAGAUUGUCCCUCUGACUGGACACAACCUAGUAAAUGGUACCUUCCAGCUGGGCCUGUUUGUGCUGCUCCUUCCCAUGGUGCCUGGGGUCUGGGAAGGGACCCAUGAGGGGACCGUGUCCAGCUUCCCUGGGCUUUUGGUUUUUUAACUUGUAUCUCUUCGGCCCUCGUGUAAACAGACCCUACCUUGGUGGUGGGACAUGGCAGCAAAGGGGACACAUCAGUGGGCUCCCUGUUCCUGGGGCUCAGGAAGAGGCAGGUAACUAAAGGCGGGGUUUGC